AUGGAUUGCUUUUUGGGCGAGGUGGGUUCGGCUGCGGCGUUGUGGGAUUCUUUCGUCUGUUCUGUCUUUAGGGACGGUCUGGUUUAUGAAUAUCCUUGGAUGAGGCUGAGGGAGUUGGGAUGGAGUAUAUACAAAUUUCAAUUGCUUGUCUUCACAUACCUACGUACUUAUAUUAUUCGACUCAUAACAUUUCGACUAAAAUCAGUCGACUCCUGA